UAGAGAGAGAGAGAGAGAGAGAAAGAGGGCUGUACUCUCAGUAUCUUUCUUUGUUCGUAGAGAGAGAAAGUGAAAAAGGAAAUUGAAAGCAGAAAAAGGAAGAAGCAAUGAAGAAGGAGAACUAAUAACAAAGAAAUAUCAACAAACUCCAUUACCCAUUAACCCCAUUUUUCAUUACUUACCAACAACAACACCAACAGAGGAAGGAACACUCCAUUAAUAUUCAAACAUCUUGGUCAUUUUUCUCUUGCAGAUCUUUUUAGUUUCCACAAGUACCCCCCAAUUCUGAUGCGGUUUGGUGCAGUUGGGUCUUGAUUUUAGGGGAGAAUUUCUUUUCUGGUUUGAAGACGAAGGUGGAAUCCAUGGAAAGAACGCUGUCGUUUUCAGUGGCAUCGGUCGUGGAGGAUGUGCUUCAACAGCAUGGGAAUCGUCUUGGUAAUGGUGGAGGAGGACUUGAUUUGGAAUCUAGAAGAGCUGAGGAAGCUGCAUCCAGAAGAAAUGAAGCUGCCGGGUGGCUGAGAAAGAUGAUCGGGGUUGUUGCAGCUAAAGAUUUGCCAGCUGAACCUUCAGAGGAAGAGUUUAGGCUUGGAUUGAGAAGUGGGAUUAUUCUCUGCAAUGUCCUCAAUAAGAUUCAACCAGGAGCGGUUUCUAAGGUGGUUGAAAGCCCUUGUGAUUCUGCCCUGAUCCCUGAUGGAGCUGCGCUCUCAGCAUUUCAGUAUUUUGAGAACGUGAGGAAUUUUCUUGUAGCUAUACAAGAAAUGGGAGUUCCUACCUUUGAGGCAUCUGAUCUAGAGCAAGGAGGGAAAUCUGCCAGGGUUGUCAAUACUGUUUUGGCUCUUAAAUCUUAUGGCGAGUGGAAACAGGGUGGAGGCUAUGGAGUCUGGAAAUUCGGUGGAAAUGUAAAACCCACUGCUACUAUGUCCACUACCAAGUCCUUUGUGAGGAAAAAUUCAGAGCCAUUCACAAAUUCCUUGUCAAGAACCUCCUCUUUGAAUGACAAAUCUUUCAAUUCUUCCAACAUCGAAUGGAAUAAAACGCAGAAUAGUUCUCGCACCUCGCUCAUUCGUGCACUUUUGACGGAUAAAAGGCCUGAAGAAAUCCCAAUGUUUGUGGAAUCAUUGCUAAGCAAGCUUGUGGAUGAAGUUGAGAAUCGCUUUUCCAGCCUUGAACUGACAAAAACAACUCCAAAAGAUGUAGUUGCGGCUACUUCACAAAGCAACAAGUCGCUCUUGAAAUCAGCUUUUGGUGCUAAAAGGGCAGAGGAUCUUAACUCCAAAGUGAUGGAAAAGAAUGAAAUAAUCCAUCAAAGCAGUAUAUUUGAGGAGCAAUCAAAGAGCUUGCUCCUGAAGCAGCAAGUGAUUUUCGAUCAGCAGCAAAAGGAUGUUCAGGAACUAAAACAUGAACUGCACGCUGCAAAAGCUGGAAUGCAGUUUAUGCAAGUAAAAUUUAGUGAAGAGUUUCACAACCUCGGUAUGCAUGUACAUAGUCUUGCUCAUGCUGCAUCUGGAUAUCAUAAAGUUCUCGAGGAAAACCGUAAGCUAUACAAUCAAGUGCAGGAUCUCAAGGGUAGCAUAAGAGUUUACUGCCGAGUUAGACCCUUUUUGUCUGAUCAAUCAAAUUAUUUGAGUGUCGUGGAUCACAUAGAAGAUGGAAAUAUAACAGUUAAUGCCCCCUCAAAGCAUGGGAAGGGACAGAGAUCCUUCAGCUUCAACAAAGUAUUUGGUCCCUCUGCUACACAAGUGGAGGUCUUUGCCGAUAUGCAGCCACUCAUUCGAUCUGUUCUUGAUGGAUAUAAUGUUUGUAUUUUUGCAUAUGGGCAAACAGGAUCAGGGAAAACUUUUACUAUGUCUGGGCCAAAAGAGCUUACAGAGAAGAGUCAAGGAGUAAAUUAUAGAGCAUUGGGAGAUUUGUUCCUUAUAGCAGAUCAAAGAAAGGAGACCUAUCGUUAUGAUGUUUCUGUUCAAAUGAUUGAGAUUUAUAAUGAGCAAGUCCGGGAUCUCCUUGUCACUGACGGAACUAAUAAAAGAUUAGAAAUUCGAAAUAGUUCUCAAAAUGGACUUAGUGUACCAGAUGCUAAUCUUGUAAGUGUGUCGUCAACUUUGGAUAUCAUUAAUCUAAUGAACCUUGGCCAAAGGAAUCGUGCUGUAGGGGCAACAGCUCUAAAUGACCGUAGUAGCCGUUCCCAUAGUUGUUUGACGGUUCACGUUCAAGGAAGAGAUUUGACAUCUGGAGCGAUUCUCCGUGGCUGCAUGCAUCUUGUAGAUUUGGCAGGAAGUGAGAGGGUUGACAAGUCUGAGGUGACUGGAGAUAGGCUAAAAGAGGCACAACAUAUCAAUAAGUCUCUUUCUGCUCUAGGUGAUGUGAUUGCUUCUCUUGCCCAAAAGAAUCCCCAUGUCCCUUACAGGAAUAGCAAAUUGACACAACUUCUUCAGGAUUCACUUGGUGGGCAAGCCAAGACAUUGAUGUUUGUUCACAUUAGCCCAGAACCUGAUGCUAUUGGAGAGACAUUAAGUACACUUAAAUUUGCAGAGAGAGUUGCAACAGUCGAACUCGGUGCUGCUCGAGUGAACAAAGAUACUUCAGAUGUUAAAGAGCUCAAAGAACAGAUUGCAAGUUUAAAGGCAGCACUUGCAAGGAAAGAGGGGGCACAACAUACUCCACUUCCAGCUUCUGCGAACUCUGAGAAAUUCAAGACAAAAGCUAGUGAGCUAUCACCUUUCCGGCCUAAAAGUCAGGAUGUAGAUGUAUUGGUUGAACAUACAAUUCGCCGUCAGCCUAUGGGCGAUGUAGGCAACAUUGAGCUUCAUAAUAACUCUGCAAUGAGACAGAAGAGGCAGAGCUUUGACAUGGAUGAGUUGUUGGCCAAUUCACCUCCAUGGCCACCCGUUAGUACUCCUUGCUUGAACUACAGGGAGGAUGAUAAAGACACGGCCUCAGGUGAGUGGGUUGACAAAGUAAUGGUUAACAAGCAAGACAUUAACCAAAUCGAGAAUCCAUUGGGAUGCUGGGAAGCAGAAAAUGGUCACUUAAAUGACGUAUUCUAUCAGAAAUAUCUUCAAAACUCCUCCAAACUGUAUACAGAACAAGGAUACAGUAUGUUGACUGGAGCUAACCGAUUCAACAUGGUUGCCAUUGAUGAUAUCGACGAUCUCGAUGCUGGAACAAGCGACUCUUCUGAGCCAGAUUUGCUUUGGCAAUUUAACCAGUCUAAACUUACAAGUUUAGGCAGCGGAAUCGGGUCGAAAACGAAGAAGCUGAACAAUGGAAAGCCAGUAAAGAGCCCAGAAUUAAGCAAGAACUUCAGUUCUUCAACGGGACCUUCUCCUUCACAGAAGAUAUCAAAUGGGGUUGCCCACCCACUGCACAGAAAUGGGAGACAGCCUAAUUCUGCUGAUAACAAACGCAGAACUGGAAAUAGAAAACAAUAAUUAUUUUUCUUAUUUUUUUAUUCUUUAACAAAGUGAGGGAGUGUUGAUUUCCUUUUUUUUUUUCUUUAAUUUUUAAUUGCUAUGCUGAAACGAGAGAAAGGUGUUUUUAUACAUGUCUUUCCACUUUUUCCCCCUUUCUUAAUUGUUGUAAUUAAUUAUUGUAAUGGUGAAAAGAAGCAAUAAUUUCUGUUGCUUUUGUAUUUUGGUUUAUGACAGAAACUGUGUUAACAGCUC